GAAAAUAUUUUUUGUUAUGAAUGAAUUUUGCUCUAAUGCGAAACCAGCGAAACUGUCAUAACUCCGUGCAGUGUAAUGACCUAUAAAAUUAACAAUUGACGAAAAGUUUGAUGAUUUUAACUUGAAUUUAACCUUUUGACAAUGACGGACGUCGAGAGUUUGCAAGAAUCCAUCAAUCAGUAUGAGAAACAGCUGUCCCAGGUGAAAUUGGCCCUUUCCGCGACUGACCAGGGCCCUGACCGCGAUAAUUUGUUGAGUCUUCAAUCAGACAUUGAAGAACUCAUUACCUUGACAGCCCAGAGUCUCAGAAGUGCCAAAGGUGAAUGUACUGACAGCGACUCGGCUGAGAAUCUUUCAGAUGACGAUGAUGAUCCUAUGGCAAAGGAGUACGCUUUAUUCAAGGCCGAACUGGAGCAGUCCUCAGAGGAUUCAGAGGACAAAAAUCAUAAUGAGAAAGCUGAGGCCUCCAACGAUAUAGAAGACGAGCUGAAAGCGCUUGAGGGUAUGAAAUGUCGGGCUCCCCAUGGCAGCAGUUGGGGUGGCACUGGCUAUCAUAAUGCUAUGGUAUCGUCCAUUCACAGGGACGAAAACGAAAUAAUAACCAGUAUCAAUGACAUAAAGGUCAGAGUACUUUUCGUAAAUCCAACACACAAAGAAAUGCUUCCCUGUCCUUAUUUUUUGGAUGGCGCUUGUAAAUUUUCUGACGAGCAAUGCCAUUAUUCCCACGGUGAAGUUGUGCCCCUCUCUAAUCUUCAAGAAUACAAGGAACCCGUCUUCUCAAGCCUCAAAAUGGGUAGCAGAGUGCUUGCCAAACAGAAAAAUAAUCUGUGGCACCGAUGCGUUAUCCUUAAAAUGCCGGAAAAGGAGAAUGACGAUUAUCGUAUAAAAUUUGAAUCAAGUGGUAAUAUAACCGAGGUAGCUGUUCAAGAUCUACUACCCCUCGAGGAUGCAGAUCUGGAAAUGUCUGACUCAUCCGAUGACAGCGAGUCCGAGCGUGAGACUUGUGAAACUCCGGCUGAAACGUUGGUACACAAAUCCCUUUUGACCCUGAACUCGGGAGACCCUCUCGGAAGUUGGGAGCAGCACACACGUGGAAUUGGAAGCAAAUUGAUGGAACAAAUGGGCUAUGUCCGCGGCACAGGACUCGGUAAACGAGCCGAUGGCAGAAUCGCUCCUGUCGAGGCGACGGUAUUGCCAGCCGGAAAAUCUUUGGAUCACUGUAUGGAAUUGCGCGAGCAUGCCGGUGGUGAUAAGGACUUGUUCACGGCUGAGCGAAAAAUGCAAAAACAACGUCGGAAGAUGGAACAGCAACGUGAAAAACAAUAUAUUCGAGAAAAAGCACGAGAGAAGAAUAACGUAUUCAAUUUCAUAAAUACUACUUUGGGAGAUAAGCCAUCAAAUGAAAACGAACCAGGCAGUUCCAAGGGCAAAAGUCACUAUAAAAGUCACACGAAUCGUGGUUUGAACGUGGCGAGUUUCGAAAUCAGUGAAAAUAUAACGAGACUUGAAAAAGAAUCGUCAAAACUGAUGAAUUCGUUGGGAAGGCAUGCAAAGGGAAGUUUACCUUAUAAUAACAUCGUAUUGCAAUACAACGAGAAACAAAGCGAACUUGCAGGUUUGCGAUCGACUCAGAAUCAUAUUGCUACUGAACAGAAUCAGCGUAAAGACAAAGCAAAACUUUCUGUAUUUUGAUUCAAAUUGUAUUCAAAAUCUGUGCGAAUAUCAGAAUUCUUCAUCGCCAUAUGCAUUUACUUACGUGUAAAUAUUGCUUAUGAUUCAUAGAUGUAAAUAAACGAUUUAUUCAAAA